CCCCGGUGAGAAUGGCGGCACAAGGGUGGGAGCGCAGCUCUGACGGGCUGCACUCUGGAAGGCUCAGCGGCACACUGUGCCAGCCCAAUACCCUACACUGGUCAAACAUAGCUUUCAAGGUCUAACCCACAGUUUGCUGCAGAAAUUACCUCAGGCCAGUAUAAUCUCUAAGUGCGGGAAGACGGGCCAUUACAGGGGGCAGAGCUUCUCCUCAGAGUGGAUCCAGCACUCACCAGCGCCAUUUUCUCCCUGCAGAAGCAUCAGAACACUGACAGGGAGCGCUGCCCUCCACAUAACUCCAGCUAUCCUCUGAGGACAUUGACAGUAAGGAUGAAGAAAGUGUGGUUGCUAUGGUGGAGUUGUCUCUCGUUGUCUGCACAUUGUAGUACUGAGCCUGGCGUUGUCAUGAGAGUCACUCAAAAAUGGCUGGACUACAUUCGCAAAGGGGGAUUAGAAGUUUUCCGCCAUCUGCUGCUACAUGACAGUCUUCCAAAUAUAAUUGGUUCCACACAUCUGUUUGGCAGGGUUGAAUAUGCAAUUACAGGAAUAUUUGUUCUGGAGUUCAACACUUCUCUUGUUGUAGCUGUCCCAGUACCACCGACAGAUGUCCACCUGACUGUUGAAGGUGCAAAGGCCAAAGUGUACGGACAAUGGGCAAUAAAACACUGGUUAAUAAAGGACAGUGGAUCUUUUUCCCUUGUAAUCUCUGGAGUAUCUUUAGCAGCCCAGUUAACUACUUUCAAAGAUUCAUCUAGUCGUCCAGCUGUGUCUCUAUCUGCUUGCUACUCAGAAGUACAUGAAGCCAAGCUGCACCUCUCUGGAGGAGCCAGCUGGUUUUACAAUCUCUUCACUGGUUUCCUGGAAAAACCCAUCAAAAAUAACCUGAACCAAAAGCUCUGUCCAAACGUGAAUGAUGUCCUGAAAAUCCUGCAGAAGGAGCUGACCACAUUUCAAGUCACUGCAAAUCUUGAUGCUCAUCAUAAGAUUGCUUAUGGUCUAAUAAGUCCUCCACGGGUAAAUACAACUCACAUUGACCUGCAUCUAAAGGGAACAGCACAAUACACUGGAGCAGAGGAACGAGACUUUAAUACAGUCCCCCUAAUAUUACCUGAGACAACCACAUCCAUGAUGUUAGUUGGAUUAUCUGAACAUUUUUUCAACACUUUAGGAAAAACCUACUUCAUGUCUGCUAUUCUAAAACUGGAGCUGACGCAGGAGCAGUACCCAAAUGUGUUCUGGCUGCGAACAGGGGACUAUGGAUCAAUUAUCCCUCAGAUGAAUAACUAUUAUCCAGUGUCUGAGGCUAUGAUACUUACUGUAAGAGCCACCAAGCCUCCCGUGGUGCAUCUGACAUCCCAGCUAACUAUGGACAUAGAAGGAGAACUUCAAGCUUUGGUUGUCCUGCCAAAUCUUAUCACAAAAGAAGUAUUUUCUGUCCCCGUGGGAACAACUCUUGUUGCCGAUGCAAUACACCUCUUAAACCAGAACUUGACAAUUUCAUUUAAUAUUGAAAGGUUUCAGUUCUAUGAGUUCAGCAGUGCUGUGGGUCCCAUUAAUGUUACAAAGUUAGAAGUUUCUCUAGGACAGAGUCUUCAAGAAUCCAUACUGCAUGCAAUAAACAAUGGACUGCAAGGUGGUUUUCCUAUGCCUAUACUUGAUAAUGUAACGCUACAGGAAUCUGCAAUAUCAAUCACUCCUGGCUGUUUAGUGGUGUCAAUGGAUAUGGACUAUAUACCUUGGAGUAGGCUGAUAGGCACUGUGCCCAAAGCAUGGUCAUGAGUCUUCCCACAUAUUAUAUUCCAAUGUACAAGCAAAUUACUAAUCAUCUUAUAUGGAAGAAAUAUAGUCAUUGUAUGCUAUGGGACCAGCCACCUUUCUGUACUUCAUUUUCUUUCAUUUGAAUAAAACUAAUUUCACUGUCUA